UCCCUCACCAUCUCCCUCCUCUUCUCUCACCGAAUCACACACGCAGAGGGGCACGGAGGCGCUCCCCUCCCUCCUCUCUCUCCCCCGUCCCCUCACCUACGAGUGAUAGCCCACACCUGUUGCGCGCGCGCCCCCCCUCUCUAGCCCCUCGCCAUUACUCCCUCAUAAAGGUAGAACAGAGCAGGAGCUGCGAGGAAGAAGCCGUGCCGGGAAAGGAGAGAAGAGGCCCCGUAAUCCCAGCUCUCUGCUCUGCAACUCCGGCACGACGACGCCUGCUAACCGCGCGGCGCGGCCACCACGCUAGCCCGCCCCCCUUGUAGGCGAACAGAGCCUCCCCGUCGAUAGCACAGUAAAUUCCGAGCAUUCCAUUCCCUUCCCUUCCGAAAGCCACCCUGCAUUUACUGCACACCACUCGCCCUCCGCCGGCCUCGCCGCGAUCUUCAAAAUCUUUCCCUGCCAAAAGCAGCGGCCGGAGACGGGAAGGCCGGGCGCUUCAGGAUGGCGCGCGAGCAGCUGGAGGAGUCCAUCGUGGCCGACGGCAACGGCAAGGAGGAGGAGGUCGGGGUCAUGGGCAUCGGCACCGCCGGCGACGGCGACGAGCACCACGGCGGCGGCGGGUUCAACAUGAAGCGCUUCCUCUGGCACGGCGGCUCCGUCUGGGACGCAUGGUUCAGCUGCGCCUCCAACCAGGUGGCGCAGGUGCUCCUGACUCUGCCGUACUCCUUCUCGCAGCUGGGGAUGCUGUCCGGCGUGCUGCUGCAGAUCUUCUACGGCUUCUUGGGCAGCUGGACGGCCUACCUCAUCAGUGUCCUCUACGUCGAGUACCGCUCCCGCAAGGAGAAGGAGGGCGUCAGCUUCAAGAACCACGUCAUCCAGUGGUUCGAGGUGCUGGACGGGCUGCUGGGCCCGUACUGGAAGGCGGCCGGUCUGGCCUUCAACUGCACGUUCCUGCUCUUCGGCUCCGUCAUCCAGCUGAUCGCCUGCGCGAGCAACAUCUACUACAUCAACGACCGGCUGGACAAGCGGACAUGGACGUACAUCUUCGGCGCCUGCUGCGCCACCACGGUGUUCAUCCCCUCCUUCCACAACUACCGGAUCUGGUCCUUCCUGGGCCUCGGCAUGACCACCUACACCGCGUGGUACCUCGCCAUCGCCGCGCUCCUGAACGGCCAGGUCGAAGGCGUCGCGCACACCGGCCCAACCAAGCUCGUGCUCUACUUCACCGGCGCCACCAACAUCCUCUACACCUUCGGCGGCCACGCCGUCACAGUCGAGAUCAUGCACGCGAUGUGGAAGCCUGCCAAGUUCAAGUACAUCUACCUGCUGGCGACGCUGUACGUGUUCACGCUGACGCUGCCGUCUGCGGCGGCCAUGUACUGGGCGUUCGGCGACGAGCUCCUGAACCACUCGAACGCCUUCUCGCUGCUGCCCAAGACGGCGUGGCGCGACGCGGCGGUGAUCCUGAUGCUGAUCCACCAGUUCAUCACGUUCGGGUUCGCGUGCACGCCGCUCUACUUCGUGUGGGAGAAGGUGAUCGGGAUGCACGACACCAAGAGCAUCUUCAAGCGCGCGCUGGCGCGGCUCCCCAUCGUGGUGCCCAUCUGGUUCCUCGCCAUCAUCUUCCCCUUCUUCGGGCCCAUCAACUCCGCCGUCGGCGCCCUGCUCGUCAGCUUCACCGUCUACAUCAUCCCGUCGCUCGCGCACAUCCUCACCUACCGCACGGCCUCCGCGCGCAUGAAUGCUGCGGAGAAGCCACCGUUCUUCCUGCCGAGCUGGACGGGGAUGUUCGUGUUGAACAUGUUCAUCGUGGUGUGGGUGCUGGUGGUCGGCUUCGGGCUCGGCGGCUGGGCCAGCAUGGUCAACUUCAUCCGGCAGAUCGACACGUUCGGGCUCUUCGCCAAGUGCUACCAGUGCCCCAAGCCGCCCGUCCCGGCUGCGGCGCAGUCACCGGCGCCGUUGCCGCACCACUAGAGCGCCCCCGUGCGCCGCGUGCGUACGUGGCGGCAGCGCCGGCCGGAGGCGUCGCAAGGAGCGCCCCCCCCCCUCUCUCCCGGCCGGCACGUCGCUUCGCAGCCCGUGUUAAUUGCUUAGGUUUUGGUCGCCUUGUAAUAUACAAGCCUCCUCUCCUCUCCUUCCCUAGGACGCCACAUAGUAUCACGAAACGGCGGCCCAGGUUCCGUCCCUGCCGUAACAAGAUAUCCUCGAGCCGCCGCUGCCGCGUUGCCUUUUCCACCCCACCACCCGAUCGGUCCGUCGCCAUUGGUGUCCUUGUGUUUUUUGUUUGGCUUGCCACCCGUGUAAGUGUGAGUGAUGGUCAUGGCUUAAAGGCUCUCAUUCUCGAUCUCACGAGCCGAGAGCGAGAGUGACGAUUCCACAAUCCAUAUGAUAUGACAUACUUAUCCUAUAGGAUUUUUUUAGUUAUUUUUUCUUCUUUCUAUUCUACUCCUCCCUUGAUUCAUGGAGCUUGGUCCAUGUUGUGUAGCGUGUGGGUAAUUGUAAUGGACUGGACGAUUCCUCAUGCUAGCUAAAGGCAAAACACAGUGGCCUUUGUUUAUUGCC